CCAGACGAGGCGACCAGGGGGCCCCUUGGAGACGACUCGAUCUCGUCGGCGGCUCCUCGCUUUGUCCUCCCCCUUUCCCUCACUUCGCUUCAUCUUCCUCUUCUUGGCUACCUUCAUUCCAGACGUUGACGACAUCUUCUACAUUACAUUGCGCAACACUACUACGCAGCGACAAAAGGUUGCACUGAAUUGAUCCAACGACCUCGUCACGAAUGCUUCAAGAGGCACACUGAAUCCCGCCCUCCAUCAUCCACGUCUCUCCCUUCUGCUACGCCAUGACCAACCACGCAACUUCGCAAGGAGCUCGGAGCUCGCCAGCUGCUUCUUCGACAACAGCCCACGCCUCAUCUCCGCCCUCGAAUCGAUCUGACAAGGGAUCCUCGACCUCGCCUCGCAUGGAGCGCCAUCAUCAGCGCCUGGACAGCUCGCAGAUGACAGCAGAAGAGCGUAUGGACCUCGUUCGUCGCAAUCGGAAGCUGACUAGACUGCUGGGUGAUGAGGUGGUCAGAGAGGGAAGUCACCACGCGAGAGCUGCUUCCAGGUCGUUAUCGCCGGCAAAGGCAGCGACAAGAUCUCAGAAGGAGGAGGAGGCGCUGAGGACGAGUCAGCCUCGGCUUGAAUCGCCGCUACUUGGACAGGAGGGGGACGACGAUGCAGCAUCGUUGUCGACUUGCUCCCCGCUUCUGCUUCGCCGUCGUAGCGCUGUCGGCCCUUCGUCGUCUCCAUCGACCCCUCUUCCUCCUCAAGUCAGCGCAAAGGCUGCAGCCAUCUUGGGCGUGGCCUCAUCGCCCUCAGCGGCCGCUACAUCUGGACCGGCUCUCGACUAUCGACCCUCCGAGGAGUCGACUGGCUCGUCAUCCUCCUCCUCCAUCACUACGACAACAGGCGUGGACCCGGCUCGACCACGACGCAGCCUGGACAGCUUGCAGUCGCGCGACUCCUGUUCCCUCAGCCGCGACGUGUUGGGAACUUUGCCGUUGCGCCUGAGCGGCAACGCCAACGAAGCCAAACACCACGCUCGUGCUCAAUCGGAGCAUGUUCCGUUGGGCGAGUUUGCUGCGGCUCACGAAUCCUGGCUGGACCUGGAGCGCACCCUCGACGCCGAUGAGAUCGACAACGGCUCUUCCGCCGAACGCACCAGCACCGACCUCAUCCCAGCCUCGCACGAUGACGGUGGCGAUGCCGCUCAAACCUCGCCAAAUCCGGCUCGCGCAGAGCGCCGUCGUCGAGUGGACAAGAUGACUCGCUGGCUUGGCAACCCUGUUCCAGCGCAUCUAGUCGCCCCAGACGGGUCAAACGACGCUCCAGCCUACAUGUACGAUGAGGCACCCCUCUCCGCUUCGGUGUUCGAGACCAUCAACGCUAAGCCAAAGGCCAAGAGGAGACCGUUGAGCAUGAGUGCUACGAUGGGGAGGACGAGCUCUGCUCCUGCGGGCUUGCUGCCAAUGCUGGCCGAGAAUGGGCAGGAGACGGUACUGAGCUCGAGGGAACGAUUUGAGAGGGUAAGGAGGGCCAACAAGCUUGAGCAGCUCCUGGGAGAGGGGGCGGGAUUUGCGCAGGCGCAGGUGCAGAUGGAGAUGCUCAAGUCAGGGCGAAGGGGUUCGCUCCGAGUGGGAAGGGGAGGGGAUGCAAAUCUUGCGAAGGAGAUGCAGAAUCAACUGGGUCUCGCUCCUGCGAUCGCGUUGCGACAGGGCGAGCAGAGGAGAAUGCGGGCUGGGAUGGACGGCAGAAGCAGCGCGAGUAGUAUGACGAGCGAGGACGAUGGUAAUGAUGACUUGGACCAAGAGGACGACAGGAACGACAACGGCAACGAUGACCUGGAGAAAAACGACGAGCACGAAGCGCGCCGCCGUCGAGCAGCCAAGGCGCAGAAGCUCAGCAAGUUCUUCGGGCAGAGGGUGGAGCAGGGCCAGCUGCUGCGAUGAGCUGUGUUCAGCUCGCGGGCGGGCAUGGCGCGAAGGCGGCACGAACGAAAUGAAACGUUGUGGGAGGGAACGAGGACGACGUAUGGCGAGAAUCGUCUCCAGAAUUGGUCGGCGAAGGAUUCGCAGCUUUCUAGGCCUAGACGUGGCUUUGGCUUGGUAUCAUACUCUCUGUGCUUUGCUUCUAAUUUGGCCCUUGACGAUUCUGUGAUUUGACCGUCUAGCAUUCUUAUGAAAUACACGACGAUGACUUCCCUGG